UGAAUGUCUUGUUUGUAUGUCUGCCCAUCAUAUGUGCAUAUAUAUAUAUACUCAUAUUAUGUUUGUGUAUGGAUGUGGAUGGGUUUGUAAGCAAAAGAACAUUUUCUGUCUUGGACAUUCUAAUGUUUCAUUAUCUUCCCUCUACAAGAAGGACGCCGCGGUACGUUUAGUUGUAUAGUCAUCUGGGCUAUGAGCAGGACAAUAAGGUGAAAGGUGUGCACGAUGAUGAUGAUGAUGACGAGGAGGAGGAGGAGGAAAAAUAAUGGAAAGAUGGUAGUUUGAAUUUGGGGGUGGGAUAUCUUCCAACGUACGUAAAAAGGGAAUCAGGAUGACGACAGUCGUCAGAGCAGAGAGCCUGAUGAAUAACGAUGGCUGAUUUUCUCCGUAGCAGAGUGUUACUCUGCAAGUGAGAGAGUGAUCAACUACGACUAUCACUAAAGUGCAACAUUUGCACUUUUAUCAUCCUUUUUUAUUUUUAUUAAAAUGAAGUCAGCUGGAUCACCGCCAUAAGUAAUCAGAUCAAAUACAUAAUUUAAUUUCAUAUUUUGAAACAAUUUGAAAACGCGAACAGAGAAAAUGCGUUCCCAUCCGAAUGUCGUAGAAGGAAUUUAUCAUGGUAAGACUUGUUUUUCGUUUUGACCGCUUAUGCAAAUUUGCGGAACUGAUGUGUGUAUUAUCACAAUUUUCACGUCCUGACUGCGUUAUAACGAGUAGUAGCCAGACACCAGUGCGCAGUACAUCGAGUCACGUGGACAGGUCUGCAGAUUCUCGAUUUCUAACCUGCAGCUCACGCAUCCAAGUUGUCAUUGUAGUGACCUGAAUCACGUACCCAGAAAAUAACAUCUGCGAUAAGGCCUGAGAGGCUUCCUCGAGGUGCUCACCAACAGGAAAGGAAUUUGAACCAGUCUGAACUCCGGCAGCUGGGCGAGACGAUUCCUGGACUUUUUGCUCCUCGACUAACAAGGUUCAAGCAUAAAAGUUAUUGACCUCAAAACUGACCAUGAUCACGUGUCACCUGUUCCUGUGGUUGGCUGUGUGGACGGUCUUCUCGUCUAACCAAGUCACAGAUGGAAAGCGGGUAGUUGUCAUGCCCAUGGCCACGACGAGCCACACCAAAUACAUGGUCCACGUGGCACAGGCCCUCGCACGGCAAGGUCACGAGGUGUGGGUGACCAUAGCCGACUAUAUUGUCAACAAGCGCGUGCUGGACACGACCAACUUCACCGUCAUCGAGCUGUCGGAGUUCCCAAACAACGAAGAUUUUGUGAACAGUUUAGUAGAGAAGUAUUUUAAAGGUCAACAGGUAGACAAACAAAUAUUAACGAGAAAUGGGAAAGAAUUCUGUGAUCGUAUCCUUGGCGACAAGUCGUUAUUUGAGGAGAUUAAAGCUUUAAGUCCAGACUUCUUCGUACUUAACAAUUUGCCAAUAACAACAAUGUUGGCGAUAAUACCUUAUCGACUUGGUGUGCCGUUCGCCUUUGUUGGAAGACUCUAUGAACCAAAUACACAAAGAAUACCUGUACUACAUUGCAACAUACCCUCUUACCCCAAUGGUUUCAAUCAUCCUAGAAACUUUUAUAAGAGUAUAGCCAUUUCAUUGGAUGGUCUUUCUUUUGCCGUGGAGGAUCCAUAUGUCUACAACGAUGCAGUCAGUCGCUAUGCAUCAGAAAUGCCUUUUCUCCCCAUGGACAUGCUCAUAGCCAGAGCUGAGAUCUGGCUGGUUGAGACAGACCAUAUCCUAGACUACCCCAAACCCACUAUGCCCAACGUCAAACUAAUUGGAGGAACAGCUACAGGUCCUGGUAAACCAUUGCCACCAAAGUUUAAACACUUUAUGGAUGAUGCUGAAGAAGGUGUUGUCAUUGUUUCUUUUGGCAGCCAAAUUCUCAGUCCACCAACAUCAAUUACACAGAAAUUCCUCAAAGUAUUAACAGAUUUACCUUUUAAAUCCGUUUUCCGUUCAAACAUUUCGUCACCGAACUCAGACAAGAUUCUGACAUCGUCAUGGAUACCUCAGAAUGACCUGCUGGCUCACCCCAACACUCGCGUGUUUGUCAGCCAUUGUGGUAAGAACGGUCAGUACGAGGCUCUGUUCCACGCGGUGCCAGUGGUAGCCACCCCGAUCUUUGGUGACCAGUUCUACAACGCUGAGCGCAUGCGCGGGAAGGGGUUCUCAGAGACUGUCGACCUCAACACCGUCAGUACAGACGAGCUGUACACCACCAUUGUCCAAGUGGCGACCAACAAGAGCUACAAGCAGGCCAUCACAAAAGCCUCGGAACUGUUUAAAAUAGAGUUCGGUGUUCCUGUGGAGAAAGCGGCCUUCUGGCUUGAUCACGUGAUGAAAUAUGGCGGCGACCACUUGCGUUCGUCAGGCCAGGAACUUCCUUUCUAUCAGUUUGCUUGCUUGGACGUGUAUGGCUUUUUUCUAGUGUGUGUGCUACUGAUAUUGCUGACAGCAGUAUGUUCCUUCUAUGUAGUAUGCCGGUAUAUCUACAUGAAAUCAAAAAUAAAAAAGGAUUAGUAAGAAUGACGACGAAAAGAUGUAUUGUUUAAUUAACGAUUUUUUUUCGACGAUGCCAAAUAAACAUAAUCACACUGUAUAUUUUUUUUUCUUCCUGCUACUAGGUGUAUGAAUAGCAUUUCUCGGGUAAUGAAUUCAGCUUAUCACCACAAAGGAACAAAUAAACAGCUUUUUAAUUACAAAAUGUAAACAUUUGAACUAAUAGAUAUUUAAUAUAUAUUUCUUUUUGUCACUUUUUCUUCUUAUGUUCUUUAUAGACUUGAAACUAUUUGAUUGAUUUUGUGUAUUCCUUUUUCUUUUAUGUUUGAUGACUUUAUCGCUUGUAACCACAAGGAGCUUUUAAUAUGCGAGGUUUUUUAAUUUAACCAGAGCGUUUAUACAAAAUUUUAUUUCUCUGUUUCUGUACAUUAUUAUGUGCAAUAAUUGCCUACUGUCAAGAACGCGCUUUUAUAAAAUCUCUUUCUCACUCUCACAACACGCACGCGUUCCCUUGCGUAUUCUUUCAAACAUAUAGCACAAAGAUUCGUCGUGGAAACAAAAAUAACUUUAAAUCAAUCAACAUCAACUAAAUAUAUACAUAUAGUCAGUAGAUCUUCCAUACAGCGAUCUGCAACUCUAACAGUUCUCUUACUGUCACUGAGACGGCAUACACAUGUCCAUAUAUAUAUACUUCAAUCUGUCGUAUGUUUUUGGAAUAAAUUCAUUAGAGUCUUAGUUACUCACACGUGACUGAUAUCCACCCACACAAACGACUUGAGGCAACCACAUAUACGUUCCAAUGCUUAUUAAUAACAGGUGCUGACUCGGCAGACACCUACAGACGACUCAAAAUAUAUUUGCUGGGGAUCAACGCAUGACCCAGGCACCACAAAUAUACUCCCGGCACCACAAAUAUACUCCAGGGGCUCACACAGAUGAACUUGCAGGGAUUCGAUACACACACAAUAUCCCAAGCGAACACCACACACACGUUACGUCCGCCUUUCUUCCCUGCUCACAGCCGUCUCCUCUCUUCCAAUAUACGCUUGGGGAUCAACACAUGAUCCAAGCUGGUACCACAACUAAACUCUUGGGAGGUCAACACAUGACCUGAAGCUGGUACCACACAUACAUCCGCAGGGAUCGACCCACACAAUAUCCAAAACGAACACCACACACACUUUCUAUCCUACUCUCUUCCCUGCUCACAGCCGUCUGCUUUCUUCCAAAUAUUUUUCACUUGCCUCAGACUAAAAUUACGUCAUAAAAUGACGUCGGGUUCUGACGUGAAACCGCGACGCAAUCAACACUCUCUUAAAUGCAAGGCAAUAAUCUUUAACAAAACAAAAGACAGGGGCAACAACCUCUAAGAAAACAAAUGACAGGGGCAACAACCUCCCGCCCCUCACAGACUGGUCCGUGACACCUACCAACACAGUUUAAACUCUUUUCCCAAUCGUUUUGUUACUCUAUGAUUUUUAACGACAUGCAAAGAAUAAACAGCUCUUUAAUUUUC